AGAAACACGCAUGCGCAUAUUUCAUAGCAACAUCGAAGCAUAGGAAGUUUAGGCUUUAAAAAACCAACAAAUUCUGAGAUCAAUAUAACAGAAUGGAGGUGGAAAAGAAACAAAAGGUUUCUUUUAUGACGACCAUAGACAGGGAACUUUUUCCUGUCAAAAUGCCACCCAACAGAUUUGGGAAUGAAAUGGUUCCCUUGAGAGGAGCCCCACAUAGAGGGCCUGGGUGUUAUGAAAAUGAAGAUAAAACCAGCUUUAUGUACCAGGUUGAACACAACAUAAACAGCACCAAGGGAUACACAAUGGGAGCAAGGACUUCAAGGAGGCUUCCUAAAACUGUUGUAUUUGAAACACCUUGUCCCACAGAGUAUCAACAGCAAAAUUCAGCACUGAAGGAGUUUGAGUUAGAUACGAAACCAUUUCUGGUAGGGGCUGACAGAUUCCCAGUUUAUAAACGUGACAUUGUGGAUGUUUUACCUGGACCUGGUACAUAUGAGCAUGAAAUUCCAAAGAACCGAAAAGUGCAGUGGCAUCAAUCAUUCGGAGGUUCUCCAGUCUAUCUGCCGGAAAUAAGCGUUCAGAGUACGAUAGGACAGAAUACAGAAAAGUUAUACAGCACCAAGGAAGAGAGGAAGUACCACCGGAAGCUUGCCUAUCUCAAACUCUACUGGAAUAAUUGACAGCCUGAAUUGUUGACUCCUUGUUCUUAUUUCACAUUCUUCUUUGACUUCAACAGUUUAUCCAGAGUCAGGGACAGCCAUGUUGUAUCUUCACACAAACUGUGAUGGUUUUACUGUGUCUUGUGUAUGUUGAAUCUUGCAACUAUAGCAGGUUAUGCGAGAGUGCUCUUGCAACUCAUGAUUAUGUGAGGUGAUUUUGUUGCAGUCUUGCAAAAUAUUUGAACAACCUAAGAUAAUGUGUAUUCUUAUGAUUUGAUACACGAAAUCUCUAUGUGUAUUAAAAAAAAUAUUCAAAGAAAAGUUUUAUACAUGAAAAAAAAAUUCAAUCUUUGUUGUCAAUGAAUGAAUUGCUUUAAUUGAAUACAAGAAUGAACUGAAAUUUAUGGAUCAUCAUAUUGGUGGUUUCUUGGUUUAUGAUUGACAAUAUUUGAAGAAGAGAAACAAAUUGUUUUAGGGAUGUGGUAGUGAAAUCAAAAAACACUGAUUUUAUCAACAUUUCAAUUCUUAGAUAAACUUACAAGUGAAUUCAUAACUUACAGAAAAAUGUGAGAGGGCUGUGGACAUUAGCAUUUUAAUAUGAAAACAGUCACUGUAAUUUAUCCAUAGAUAUGUAUCAUGUUUCUUUGUUGUGUUGUAGUAUUGUAUAAUGUAUAUGAUAUAGUUGCUGUUUUGUGUGCAUUAAUUUACACCCGUUAUGAAAGAUAUGUGUAAUGAAUGCUUUAACAUCUAGAUGUGCAAGUGCUCAUAGUAUAAAGUAUUUUGUCUUACUGUUCCGAUUAUGAAUGUAAGUUGUUAUAAUUCAUAAACCACGUUUAAUAAAGUUUGAGAAAAAACUUA